CAGAGCAUUGUAUAACGAGAUCAAAUAGCUAAAAGUAUACUUCAGUCACAUACAAAGACCACCCAUGCAACAGCAUUUCAAGGCGGAGAUACUGCACCCGGUCGAAGAUUUCCAGGCUGCUGUAACAAGGGAAUAUACCUUCUUACUCAAAGACGCAUUUCCUCAUCGGAUCAACGAGGCUGCUGGACUUCCAGGGCCACAGCGCGCACGAGCCCGCGAAGGGGUAACCCGGCUCCUUCGGAAGAUGGACAUGCUGAAUGGGAAUAUGAAUAUCACCGCGUGGGCCUAUCAGAAUGCCAUGGUUGACCUGCGGCAGGUGGACGCCCGCGAGAACAUAUUGACGCAAGGCAAGGGCGAUCUCGGCUCGUUGGUUCAGGAGCAUUAAGGAUGAUAUCGACGCCGUGCUUGGACAAUUCUCAUGCCAUGGCCAUCCUCUCCAAUACGUGGGGAGUCUGAUUAGCCAUUCAAGGAGCUCAUAAGGGAAAUUCCGUCAGCAAUCUGGACGACAUCGAUGUCGACCUCUUUGUGGCACAUGCUGAGGAGUGGCGCAGGCACCUGCCCGUGAUACGAGAACAAUUCCGGGGAACUUCAGCAAUGGGAAAUUACACCCAAUAGGAAUGCAUAUGCAUGAGUUACAGAACCUCGGUUAUGCGGUAGGCUGCGAAUCUUA